AUGACGACGAGCACGAGCCCCCCUGUGAACCCAGAGCGAUCUUGGCUAGACGCAGACGUGUUUUUCGAGGAAUCAAAGGCCCUGAAUUCUGAGCUGGUCAGCGCCUUCGUCACCGACGAUAAGCACGAUCCUUACCGCGCGGAAGUGCAUUCACCUGCAUUACCAGGCGACCGCUUUCUCGUACAACCACCGAAUCCACCCCUACGGAACUGCGGAAUGGAAGGCACAGAGAUACCGGACGAAUCCAGUCUCCAUGAUCUGGAACCAGAGGAGGGCAAUCCGGCUUUAGAUAACUGGACGCGCGCCGUCAACGGCCAAGCCCAAGAGCGCCGCCCUACGCCAAACUGGACUGUUGCAUACCUUGUUGCUGAACAGGCAGGGUUUCGGAAUGCUUGGGCACUAGGUAUCGCGCCGCCUCCUUCUAUCGAUGUCCCGCCCCAAUUCGUUCAGCAGACGUCCGCUCUUCCCCAGAAGCAGGAUAUCUCGUCCGCGGCUCCGCAGCCCUUUGCAACUCCAGUCAUGCAACGCCUAGCAUCUCAUGCUCUGCAUACUGGAAGUGCGGCAACACCCGGAAGCGCUACACAGGGUAUAAAGGCGGCUCCAGUCAAGUUCACGCUGCAACAGAUAGGUAUCAAGAGGAGACUUGUUCUUGUAGAGGAUGAAACUGACAAAAAAACUGAACCCUUUGAAAUUCCCGUCAGGAACACCAAUGGUGAACCAAGGGAAGGAGGUGCAAGUGUGGCGCCAGACCCUGACAGAUCUAGCAUGUCUACAGUCAGUAAGUCUAGUUUCUAUCAGGAAGUCCCUCCUGAUACUGUCAAUAUACACUUGUUGGGAAAUUUGGAGAUUACCGCAGAAGAGCUUCUUACUUUCUUUCCGUUGCAUACGAUCUGGCACAACGGCAUCAAUCGUCUAGUUCAGAAUGGCUGGAGCUUCGAUACCAUCUCUAAGUUCAUCAACUGGGCGAGGAACCUUCAACCAUUACCAGGUCGGGGCCGCACUUCAAACGCACUCGAGAUGCAAGUAAAUCGUUCAGAUGACCGCAUCCACAACGGCCGCAGGUUUGGAAGAGGGGUAGCGCGUCCCGAGGGCAGGAUCGAUGAUCUGACUACAGCCCGCUGGGAGAUACCUCGUCGUAGGAUCUACACGUUACAGGACUACCUUUUACGGGACAUAAUCAAAGGUGUUGCCCACUUUCCCACAGAAGAAGGCCGGCGAGAACUCACGAUGGUGAUGGAGUAUGCCAGAGAGCAUCCGGACGAACUGUCAUCGACGACGUUGGGUAAACACCUCAUGGUCAGCGAUAUCCCAGUGCUCAUUCAGAAGCAUGGAUUCUCUAGUCAAGUCGCCCCGAUCCGCCUUGGAAUCGAACCACACGACCAUCCAGACUUUCGCGCGGUCGAGAGACACCGCGACGAAAUAGGUGAGCACGAGAGACUUGCGAAGCGAAAUCUCCGGGAUAUUGCUCCUAAUACUACGCCGUCCAAGAAACCAUCCAAGAGAAAGGGGAAGAGAACGUUGGGCGAAUGUUGA